CCUCUGUCUCACAGAUCCAGCGAGCACUUCAGUGAGGAUUGAAGCACGCUGCCUGGCCUGCUCUUACCGCCGCCGUCCCGUUAACUCCGCAUAUCUCUGAAUAUCUCUCCUUUACCGUGCGCACCACCAUGGGAGUCGAAGGCUGCACCAAAUGUGUCAAAUACCUGCUUUUCUUCUUCAACUUCAUCUUCUGGCUUGCAGGAGGUGUGAUCCUGGGUGUGGCCCUGUGGCUGCGGCAAGACCAGAAGACCAGUACACUGCUUGGAAUCCAGUAUGAAGGAGCCCAAGCGCCCAACACAUUCUACAUCAGUGUCCACAUUCUGAUCGCUGUUGGAGCUGUUAUGAUGGUGGUUGGCUUCCUUGGAUGCUAUGGCGCAAUCCAGGAGUCCCAGUGUCUUUUGGGGACUUUCUUUGCCUGCCUGGUCAUUCUGUUUGCCUGUGAGGUUGCAGCUGGAAUCUGGGGCUACAUGAACAAAGAAACGGUGUCAAGGGAGAUGAUAACCUUCUAUGACUCACUUUACAAUCAGGCCACAAAAACAGACUUCUCUGGCCCUGACGAGAGGAAGAAAACCCUCGCCACUGUGCUCAAGCUCUUCCAUGAAACGCUCCAAUGCUGCGGUAAAGGUGGAGCUGAUCAGCUGUUCACAAUCUUCACUCAGGCUACUGGCAUCAAUGACAUCUGCCCAAGUUCUUUUACCACAGUUAGCUGCCAUACUAGACUCACAGAGUUGUUCUCAGACAAGAUUUAUCUCAUUGGAAUUUCCGCACUUGUAAUUGCAGUGAUUAUGAUCUUUGAGAUGAUCUUCAGUAUGGUGCUGUGCUGUGGGAUCCGAAACAGCCCAGUCUACUAAAGAUCAGGCUGCCAUACUCUUAUUAAAUCAAUGGAAAGAAGUGGUUUCUUUAGUUUUCUUUUUUGUCUUUUUAUAUGCAGGAACCCUCAUAUAUAUAUUGCUCGCUGGACUUAGUCAGCCUUAGACAAAACCAUCUUCUUUUUUUUGUUUUUUGUUUUAGUUUUUUUACACUGAUUUUUUUGUUAGUCACAAAUGCUGUUAUGCAUAUUUGACCAGUGCUAUUCUAACCUGAAGUGUAGAUUUUAUAUCACUCUUAUGAAAGAAGCCCAGUUCAUCGCUGCCCUAAUUGUUUAGUGAUCUACUGCUUUCAUGCCUAUAAACAUGCUCUUAUAUUCUUAGUUUUAUGGAUGUUCUUUUCACUGUAUAAACUGUAUAUAAAUAUAUAUAUUAACAGUGCUUUAUGACUGCCUGAGCAUGGAUAUUGUAUUACAGUAGAUUCUUAUCCUCAACUGUCUGCUUGAAUGCCUUGCCCUCAAACUAAAGCAGACUGUGGAUAUAAGAAGAGCACUAGUGUAGUACUAGUGUAGGCUUCCCCGUCCCAAAGACCAUUAUCUUUGUCCACGUUGCCAUAUGAUGGAUACAGUAGUCUACUAAAUAAGGAAUGUCUAUAGUUUUACCUAUGGAACCAAAGUCAAAGUGAAUAGUCAUUUUGACUGGAUGCGGGUUUGAUGUUUAUUUGUUUUUGACUGAUGGUUGUUCAUCUCAUGUUCAAAUCUAUUCUUGAAGGAGUAAGAUGUAGCCUAAAGCUCAGAGUAACUCUUAUUGUAAUAGAUGCAGUUUUAAAUUUAAUGCAUCUUAUCUUUAUUUGGCAUGAUCAAAAAACAAAGGUAUUUGGUUUGUGGUGUUAUAAAGGUUGAAAAAUUUAAAAUGCAUUUGAUGAAGGAGUCAUAAUCUCAAAUUGGCUACAUAUAGGCUGGUUGUGUCAUUUUACUGUACAUUUACAUUUCACUGUACAAGUGUCAUGUUUAACUAUUGCAAUUAUGUUAGUCAGUUUGCACACAGCUGCAUCUUCUAUGCUCACUAGCUAAGGACCUACCAGAUCAACAGUUGACACAUUGGUAUUGUAAUAGCCUUACCACAGUAUCCCAAAUAACUUUAACACCAUCUUUUCAGCCAGUCAUUCAGGAUUUAUCCAACUUGCAUUAGCUUUACUAAUGAAUCCAGACUAUUAUGUCACAUGCCAAGAGAAAUGUUGAAAACAAAAGCAUUUAUAUCUGCUAUGAUGGGGUAAUUUAAUUUACAUAAUUUGUGAAAAUCCAAGUGACUGUGGUAAUGUGUAUUUGAAGUGUUUUUUCCAAUGUUAGCUAUGGCCAUAUUUGUACCAGUAGAAGGCAGUGUAGCCCCACUAAUACAGUACUAACUAGGGUUAUUGGCUAAUGUAGGUUUUUUUUUUUUUUUUCUAGAGCCAACUGCCAAAUUCAUUUCUCACUCUUACCAAGCUCAGACUUAACACGUGUAACCUGCAUUACCACACUCUUGUGUCAACCAACUAAAAGCUAUGUCGUGUCAAUGUGUUCUUGAACUGACAAACAGUUAAGUGUCUUGUAAUAUUUACAGCUCUGAAGUAUUGUACUAAUGAAGAUCAUGAAGGCUGUAGAAAACCUUAUUAUAUGCCUUUUUCUCUUUGUAUUGUGAUAUCUUUGUCUGGUACGUUGUUAAAGGAGUCUGCCUGAAGGGAGGGGGAUUUGUGGCAGUGCCUAGAGUGUCUGAUGUAAAGGGCUUGUGUU